ACACCCUUAUUCAUUCAUACCUAAAUUCAUCUUGCAUUAAUCUUUCAUACCCAAAUUCAUUACUCUUUCAUACCCAAAUUCAUUUUGCAUCGCUCCUUCAUACCCUUCUCCUCCAUAACAAAACUAUCUUGGGUUAUCAUUACCCAUAUCAUAUAUGGCUUAUAAUUGUCAUGACACCGCUCUUGCUCUCCUUAGUAUGAAAGAACCUAUGGAGAACUCUGUUUCUAAUGAUGAAGAAUUGUACUCAACAAUCAUUAUGUUGAAGUUUAGAACAUACUGCAUUUCAUUUGAUCCCUACGAAAGUAUUGCCCAACUACCAUCUCUGUUUACUAAGGAUUUUGGAUCGAAGGUCACCGACUAUGUUACUUUAAAUGAUAGUAACCAUAAUGAAUUUGAGGUUUUGGUGCAACAAAAGGAGAAUAAAUUCUAUUUUACACGAGGGUGGUAUGAGUUAUAUAAGUUUUAUAAUCUUAGAUUUGGUGCUUGGGUAACUUUGGUGUAUUUAGAACCUAGUAGGUUUGUUAUGCGAUUGAAAGACAGGUUCGGAAAAGAUGUUGCAAUACCAAAUUAUGAUCCACCACGUAAAUACAUCCUUCAUCGUGAAGAUUCCCAACACCAUAACAAUUUUGGUGUGGCAAGGUUUCGUGAACCUCUAUCAUAUCAUCAUGAAAAGGGUUAUUUUCAACAUGCAUUUGUGAAGUGGUUGAAUGUGUCUGAUGUUACAUCUGGAUAUCUGGAAAUAUCUUUUAAUGGGUUUGGUGAGUUAGUGAUGACAUCCGAUUGUACAGAAUUUUCGUUGGUUGAUGAUUCUGGACAUAAAUGGUUAUGCACAGUUGAUUUGGUUUUUGAUUCAAACAAAUAUUUCAAGAUAGGCGGGCAAUGGAGAAAUUUUUGUGAUUGUAGAAGCCUACGUGAAGGAACAAUUAUCAAGAUUGGUGCUCCAAAAUUAGGAAUUAAUAGUAUCGUUUACAUUACUCUAAAAGUGUUCUAGGGAUCUUUGUUUGUUGUAUUUAUGUUAUUUUAUGUAAGUGUAUUUAUGUUCAAUUAUAAAUAAACAAAAACUUUCCUUCAAA